GCAAGCAGAAAUAAUGUGAGCAUUAGAGAACUACUGAUACAUUGUAACAAACCAAGAAGAUUGGGACAAUAAGUAUGCAGUAUUAAAAGGAGGUACAAAAGGUAUCUUUUACGAUACAUCUUCAAAAGACUUCAAAACCUUUUGAGCCCCCCAACCAUUUGCCCUUCCCCUCACACAUGCAUUUCUCUCAUAAAAAUGAAGGCUCUGAUGUUUUUUUGCCUCAAAAAAAAAAAAAUUAAUUGAAAAUAAAAAGAAAUUCUACGAGCCCUUAUAAUGACGAUCGCUCCUUCAUUUGUAGGCCAAGGUGCGGGUUCAGAAAAACUGGGAUCGAAUAUUCAGGCUGAGCUAUUUUCACCCCUGCAAAUAAGUCCUCGACAAUCCUUUGGUUCCGAUCUCCCAUUCAAGGUUGAGCUCAAGCAUUCUGACUAUUCGCACGCCAAAUGGUUGGACAUCAAACUCCCAAGAAAAACGGUCAUCAAAGCCCUAUUGGUUGAGACCAUCAAACCUAAAUACCUAAAGUCUUUCUUUUUAAAAGUGGCGGAAGCCGACUUUGCUCAGCCUGGGCAACUGGAAUACAUUGAAUUCCAGCCGAAUAUGCCAGGGCUUUUUCAUGUGUUCCAUACGUCCCCUGAAAACAUGGACGAGAUCAUGAGCCGCACCAUCCCACUAAUUCGCCCACGAAUGACCCGUCGCUUCCAAAUAGAAAUAGUUGAAUCCGCUCCAGAGUUGGCCUUCAACCUGGAAAUCAUUGGCAUGAGUGGGGAAAAAGCCUAUGCUGCAAACAAAUACUUGGAAUCAGAUCACGAAUCCAACUACGGUAGGCGAGAAUUAGAUUUUUUUUGUAGAAUUUAA